GGGGCGGUGCCGGGCGGGCGGGCGGCGCCGAGCGGCCGUUUCCUGUCCUGGUGCAUGGUGGUCGGACGGAGGAAUUGUUGGAAAAUUUCUCGGCGAGGAAUGCAGGAUACGUUACUGUCCCUGUGAAAGUCUGCCCAGAUCUCGUCAUUGAUGUGCCUUUGGAAAUUGACAGUUGCAGCUUGCGUAUGAUCUGGGAAGAUUUGCAAGAGUUCACAAAGUCAACUCUCAAGUUUUCACUUCAGCCAGCUCUGCAUCCUUCCUGCCUGUAUCUGUCUUUCCUGCAUCUGUCCUGCCCUGUCUGGCUAGUCGGUGUUCUCCAGUGGGGAGAAGGAGAAGAGCCUGGAAGGGAGCAGCACAUCCACUUUUGGCUGAGGGCUCUUCCCUGCACAACAGAGUGGCAGAGCAAAGCUGCUGUGUCCCUGCAGAGGGAGUGAAAGCUGGGGCUGGUAUUUGGGAGCACCCCAGUGCUCCAGCCUCUUGUGGGGGAUGUAGUUCCAAGGUAGACAAUGUUAUUAGCUCAGAUAAAUCGAGACUCUCAGGGAAUGACGGAAUUUUCUGGAGGAGGAAUGGAGGCCCAGCACGUGACUCUGUGUCUAACAGAAGCUGUAGCUGUGCAAGGUGACCCUUCAGAUGGUGACAACUUGGAAAACAUGGAAGGUGUAAGUUUGCAAGCAGUUACCCUGGCUGAUGGCUCCACUGCUUACAUACAGCACAAUUCUAAAGAUGGUAAAUUAAUGGAUGGCCAAGUGAUUCAAUUAGAAGAUGGUUCUGCUGCUUAUGUUCAACAUGUACCUAUGCCUAAAAGCAGGGAGAGCCUGCGGCUGGAGGAUGGACAGGCGGUUCAGCUGGAAGAUGGAACGACAGCAUUUAUUCACCACACCUCGAAAGACAGUUAUGACCAGAGUGCCCUGCAAGCUGUGCAGCUGGAGGAUGGAACCACUGCCUACAUCCACCACACGGUGCAGAUGCCGCAGUCAGACACCAUUUUGGCCAUCCAGGCUGAUGGCACAGUGGCAGGACUGCACACAGGAGAUGCUGCCAUCGACCCUGACACCAUCAGUGCUCUGGAGCAAUAUGCAGCCAAGGUGUCCAUUGAUGGAAAUGACAGUGUUAGUAGCACGGGAAUUAUAGGCGAAAAUGAACAAGAUAAAAAAAUGCAGAUUGUCUUGCAAGGACAUGGAACAAGAGUGACUGCAAAAUCUCAGCAGACUGGAGAGAAAGCCUUUCGCUGUGAUUAUGAUGGCUGUGGAAAACUGUACACAACUGCUCACCAUCUUAAGGUGCAUGAAAGGUCUCACACAGGAGACAGACCAUACCAGUGUGAACAUCCUGGGUGUGGCAAAGCCUUUGCAACAGGGUAUGGGUUGAAGAGCCACGUGCGCACACACACUGGGGAGAAGCCGUACCGCUGCACCGAGGAGAACUGCACCAAGUCCUUCAAGACCUCUGGAGACCUGCAGAAGCACAUUCGGACCCACACAGGUGAAAGGCCUUUUAAGUGUCCCUUUGAAGGAUGUGGCAGGUCAUUCACAACAUCUAACAUUAGAAAGGUUCACAUCAGGACACACACGGGCGAAAGGCCUUAUUACUGUACAGAGCCAGGAUGUGGGAGAGCUUUUGCCAGUGCAACUAAUUAUAAGAAUCAUGUGAGAAUACACACAGGGGAGAAGCCCUAUGUGUGUACGGUUCCUGGCUGUGACAAACGUUUCACAGAGUAUUCCAGUUUAUACAAACAUCAUGUUGUACAUACUCAUUCCAAACCCUACAACUGCAAUCACUGCGGGAAGACCUACAAGCAGAUCUCCACCCUUGCUAUGCACAAACGGACAGCACACAACGACACGGAGCCCAUUGAAGAAGAACAAGAGGCUUUCUUUGAGCCACCUCCAGGUCAAGGUGAAGAUGUGCUCAAAGGCUCCCAGAUCACCUACGUGACAGGUGUAGAGGGAGAAGAUGUCAUUUCUGCACAGCUUGCUACAGUUACUCAGUCAGGAUUAGGCCAACAAGUAGCACUAAUAUCCCAGGAUGGAACCCAACAUGUGAACAUAUCGCAGGCAGACAUGCAGGCCAUCGGCAACACCAUCACCAUGGUGACACAGGAUGGCACCACCAUCACCGUCCCUGCCCACGACGCCGUCAUCUCCUCGGCCGGAACGCACUCGGUGGCCAUGGUCACUGCAGAGGGCAGCGAGGGACAGCAGGUUGCAAUUGUGGCCCAAGACUUAGCAGCGUUUCACAGUGCCUCCUCAGAAAUGGGACACCAGCAGCACGGACACCAUCUAGUGACUACAGAAACCAGACCUGUCACAUUGUUGGCUACAUCCAAUGGGACACAAAUUGCAGUACAGCUUGGAGAACAACAGUCUCUGGAAGAAGCCAUUAGAAUAGCCUCCAGAAUACAACAAGGGGAAACACCAGGGAUUGAUGAUUAACUUGUAAAACUGCUACCAGAACAAUAGAGUGAAAGGCAUUUUAUUUUCAACCAACAAAGGUCCAUGCCAGCAACAGCCCAUACAAACUUUGAAGUCCCCCACUCACUGAUACUGUGUACACAUUUUAUGCAAGAGUGAAGAACAUUUUCUAAGUUUUGUGUACAUAACCCUUGGAAUGGACUGACAUCAUCUACUUCCAACCGUUGCAUUCAGGAAUAUGGAAUUAGGAUUAUAUAGUAAACUUCCUUGUUAUCCUUUCAUCAGAUUUCAGACUGGUCUACAAGCAAGUAAAAAAUAGAAGUAUUGGAAUGAAUUUUUAAUGUCAUGUACAAAUAAUGAAGGCAUUACUGAAGAUUUCAGCUGUUUAAAUAACCAUUUCAGGAACCCUUACAAGUAAUAAAGGCAACAAAGCCUUUUUAAAUUGCAUUCCAUUAAUGGAAAAGUCUUGGAUUUUGAGCCUACUACUGUAAAUCUUCGUAUUUCGAUUUGUUUCAUACAGAUUUGAAUACUCUUUAGAUUAUCUACCCCAUCUCAUUCAUUGUAAAUACAGACUGUUAAUGCUGGAAGUGCUAAUUAUAUUAUCUUUAAAUUGGAUUAUGUACAAAGAACUGGUUGUUGAAUAUUAAAGAAAGUAAAUCUAA